CAGCGGAGAGGCGGAGCCGCGUUCAGGGGCAGUGGGCGAGCGAGUGAAGGAAGCAGAUACGGAGGAGAGAGAAGACGGCAGGGAUGUGUGUGAGCGGGCGGUGAUAUCGGUGCUGCAGGUACAGUCAGAGCCGGAAUCAGGUUUUCAUAGCCGCCUGGGAGCCUGCCCCCGUUCCUCUUCAGCUCCAAGCGAACCCCCCGCGAUGUCCGGCGGAGGAGAAGUGCGCGUCCUCCGCCAAGAGGCCGGCCAAGAGAGCCCGAGGAUGCCGGCCUGGAAGAGAGAGAUCCUGGAGCGGAGGAAGGCGAAGGGCGGCGGGUCCGGAGGAGCCGGUGCCGCCGCGGAGACGAGCCCCGGCGGCGCGGCCCCGCAGCGGGUCAACGGCGAGACGACGGGAAGCGUGAACGGUAACAGCGGCGGCGGAGCGGACGGCGGCGGAGCGAGCGGCGGCGGCGGCGGGUCCGGUCGCAACUACACCAUCACCCCGGCCAACCAGCACUACACCCACAACAAAGAGACACGACCGGCGGCGGCCGAGGACAGGACGACACCCGGGCAGGACGACGGGGAGGAGAGCCUGGUGCUGCAGCAGAGCCUCGGCCCGCUGGAGGAGAACCCGUUCAUCAAGCUGGAGAAGGAGCGGCGGCGGCGACAGGACCGCGACAGCGCCGCGCGUCCGGUGCAGCACAUCCUGGAGCUGUACGGCAGCGUGCCCGGCGUACGGACCAUCCGCGCCGAGAACAUCAUCAUCAUCGAAUCGGACCCCGACUACUUUCCGGACGCCGGCGAGCUGAAGGCCGGGUCCAAGUGGCAGCAGAACGGCGUCAGUGGCUACAGCUCCCUGAACGACCUCCUGGACCAGAGAGGGAGUGCUGUGACCGAGAUAAGGGCCAAGGAAGUGGUGAUUUACGACACCACGUUGAGCAAGAGCGAGGAGAACCUGAGCACCCUGGGCCGCCCCGAUCAUGCGGCCCCGUCCUAUGAGACAGGUGAGGGCCAGGGCCGGGUGAGCCGGAUGCUGCAGAAGUUCGACAGCAACUACGGGAAGCUGCAGAAGAAGUCCCACAGCACGGAGAACCUGCUGGAGCUGGACUGCGGUGCCAGCAGCAUGAGGCCACGACUCUGGCCCAAGCCACAGCCAGAUCUGGUGCCAAAGCCCUGGCCGGGCCAGUCGCCCAGCGGCCCGGGCAGCAGCAGCAGCCACCCACCAUCGCCCGUCUUCCAGGGUCCAUGGUCUUCCAAACCAAAGCCACAGUCUGCUGCCUUUGAGCCAGGCAGCCCCCAGCGCGCCACCGAGCCCCCGCAGCCCGUGUAUUCCUUCCGUCAUCGGUUCGAUGACAGCGGGGGCCGUGGUGGCGCCGUGGCCCUCGCCCCCAGAGAUGAGCCGGACAGGGGCCCCACCAAGCCCACCAGAGAGAGAGACUGGGAGGGCGCUGAGGUGCCACCCAAACCCAAGGUGCCAUGCUCUCCGGAGACCCGUCGUGCCCGUGCCGAGUCCCCCUCAAGCCCCAUCUCGUCCAAGGUAGCGCGCUCCUCGCCUGACUUCGAGAUCCGUCCCUCUCCAAGGCCAGACCUCAACCGCAUUCCCGACGGGGACACCCAGGCACUGGCCCUGGCGAACCUGCGCCUGCAGUCCCGCAACUCCUUCACGGUGAUCCCCAAGCGCCGUCUGGCCACUUUGUCUGCAUCGAGUAGCCCGGUCCCAUCUGGCCCCAUCAAGUCCUCCCCCUCCCACAGAGUGGCAGAGGUGCCCAUGUCAGGAGUGCCAACCUCCCAUGCCCCGACACCCACUCUGUCACCCUCAAAGAGGUGGGGGGAGAAAGAGCAGGAAGAGAAGGACUUGGUGAUAAGGUCAUCCAAACCUGAAACGUCGCCUACUGUUGCCACAAGUCCUUCACCUCCUCCACCAUCAGAACCCUCGUCUCCAUCUCCUGCUCUCACCCCAACUCCCUCCUCUCCACCUUUCCUGUCUUCACCCCCCUCUUCUCCGGCUGUUCCAUCAUCACCCCUUUUCCCUCCACCCGCCCCAUCUCCCUUCCCCUCAGACCCCCCUGCGCCGACCCCUGUCCCCUCCACUCCGGAACAACCUCUUGUGGAUCAGCUGCCAGUAACGAACAUAGACGACAUCGAGGUGGAGCCCCCGGAGCGAGUCCCUGUUCCCAGCCCCAUGGUGCACAGAAAGAAGGGGAACACCUUCACCGUGGUGCCUAAACGCAGGGCGGACAACGAGGCCCAGUCGAGCUCACCUGAGCCCCAGCAGGAAGCCUCCACCGAGGCCCCGCCGGGGUCCACGCCCCCGCAGGCCCCCUACGCUCAGCUGGGCUCCCUGCUGAAGAAGCGAUACCCGGCCGUGGAGGAGAUCGAGGUCAUCGGCGGGUACCUGGCCCUCGCAAGGUCCUGCCUCUCGAAGAUGGGCUCCACGGGCAAGAAGCUCACAAUCUCGUUCAACGAGUCGAGUCUCCACAGUACGUACGAGUAUCCGUCCGAGAGCAGCGCGUGGGACAGCGGCGACGACGACGACGACGACGAGAGACGAGACGGAGCGGACGAGCGGCCGAGCAUGGUGGGACGCAUCCACAUCCCCCGACCCAGUUUCACCGGCUCGCCCACGCACAACAGCAACAGCAACGAUCUCUCCAGCUACAUUCCCAAGCACUCGGUGGACUUCAGCGCCUGGCAGGAGCACAAACACGACGCCAGCGUUUACCAGGAGGACGCCGCGUCGCAGCAGACGCACCCGACGGAGGAAGUGAUGCUCACGCCGGCAGACAGCUCCUCCCUGUCCGACUACAGCAGCGAGCCGGCUCUUUACUUCUGAUCCAAUCGGCUGCAGCAUCACACACACACACACACACUCGUGGUACCCGACCGCAGCCGGAGACGACGACGCAGCAGCAGCAGAGGAGGAGGAGGAGGAGGAGGAGGAGGAGGAAGAAGAAGAAGAAGAAGCCUCCAGCUCUUCGCACGUCUUCCCGAUCGGAGCGGAGACAGUUCCACUUCAUGCCACGUCGUCAACUGCAUAUCAGAGCAGAACGUUUUCUUUGUAGGUGGCUGGUGUUUUGAUUUCCACCUUCUCUUUUUCGACGCGACAAACCCAAAAGCAGCUGGACUGUCUUACCCCUCCCCUCCUCCCCUCCUCCCGCCCUCCCUCCGAUCCUGGUCCCUCUUUCUUCUCGUUAACAAGACAUCGGGACAGAAUCAAAUGGGGUCUGGAGAGGCGUCCGUCCUCCUCUCACAGACUCCAGGAGGAAGAAGACCACUGGGUCUUUUUUUUUUUUUUUUUGCGUUUGCUCCUGCUUCAAAGUUCUGCAUCUCAGCUUCAGCGCGAGUGACCAAACCCCCCCCCCCCCCCCCCUUACAUGAUGAACAGUGCCCCACGUGUAGUAUAUCGCCAAGGAGACGGUGAGUUCAGUGUUAGCAUGUAAAACGUGUCGUUGGGGACGUCCGCUCGCGUACAGCAGCUCCAUGACGAAAGAACAAAACAAAAGAAAAUGGUUAAAGGGUGCCACAAACGUGUUUUUGUUUGUUUUUGUUUUUGUAUCUGCAUGUUUUUUGAUUUCAACCAACACCUCCACCGGUUCUUUGACUUGUACAGCUUCUCUAUGCCUUUUUUUUUUUUUUUGUAUGUUUUCUGGCAAACUGUGCUGUUUCCAAGCUGCUGGAUGUUUUUGGGUCUUAGAACAACUUCAACUCUCCUUCCCCCCAUGACCUCUCUGUGGACGAGGGAGGAGACGUGAUGCACCGGGGGGGGGGGGAGCAAAGAUUUCUGUCAAUCAAGUAGCAUCUCUGACUUUGAGCUUGAAAAAAAAAGUGACCUUGGCCAAUCGAUGUCUGUAUGUCCGUAUUGCUGGUGACAAACACAAAACAUCAAACUGUAGAAUGUGUUUUCUGUACAGCUUCUUCUUCUUCUUCUGUCUCAAGGUGAUUAUAUCCAUGUCCCGACUCCGCCUCCCUCUGGCUCCUCCCGUAUUUAUUCCUGCUUCAAGUUGGAGUUUGCAUGUCUGAAAACUGUUCCUGUACACAAAAAACAACAACUUUUUUUUUUUUUUUUAAAGAAAACUUCGCUGGUAUGGAAGGAACGGGACGGGGCCACGCAGGUCCGCCGGACAUUUGUCUUUUCUUUUUGUUUUCCAGUCGGACCUCAUGUACUUUAACAUUCCACAGAGACAGACGCCGGUCCACCAACUGUAAAGGAAGAUGAUUAUGAUCAUUCGUAAUAUUUGGCGUGUGUGUGAGAGCGAUUGCAACAUUGUGCGUGUGUGUGUGUGUGUGUUUGAAAGACUUAUGUGAUGAUCUUUUUUUUCUUUUUUUUAAUUGAGAUUUUUUUAUACCAAGAAACAAGACUGCAUCACGUCUCUAGAUGAUAGAAAAACAAAAAGACUCAUAAUGCCAACUGAUGUUAGUGUUGCUGUUCAUUCUCUACACUCCCAGGAUCAAAACCCUCAUACGGCCAGUAUUGUUGUACAGUGUCCACCUCGUUUCAUAAAUAUGAAGAUUUAUUUCUUACUCGUCUGUUUUUGUGAGUUCUCCAAUCGGACCGAGGUUGGAUUUUUUUUUUUGCUGUUAGGAGAUGAGAUUGUGUCUUUGUGUCCGAUGAACUUAGGAAUUUUUCUCUGUUGGGUCUCCGGAUGUUAAGUGUCUCCGCGCUGUCGUGCUCGUAGCUUUGGGAGUUGGCGUCGGAGGGAAUUCGUGUGAUGUGCACUAAAGACAACAGGAAGUCGAGUCAAAGAGUUUUGUUUCAACGCAAAAAGCCACUAUUUACAACCACUGACUUUUUUUAAAAUCACAAUGAAUGAAUACAUGUUUUUGGAAUAGAACUCGUCAAUCGUACACGAUGAAUGCACUGCCGAUCAAUGCCAUGUCCAGAUUUUUUUUUUAACCCUUUGCCACAGCCUUGCAUCAAACGUCUUAUGAUUGUCGGCCUUCGCCACUGUGACCACGAACAGUCGUUUUCCCACGCGGGUCCAAGCUUCAAUGUUUUGACCUUAAGUUGCCUCAAAAAAAAAAAAAAAAAUCCGCUGUGAAAAUCCUUGGAUCAUUGUUAUUGUUGAUUGACAGCUCAUCUGACUGAAAUGCAUGUAUUUGACAUCACUGCUGCCUGUUUGGAAAAACCACGCUACUGUGUUAAAAAAAAAGAAAAAAGGCUGAAUGUAUUUUUUAACAGAUUCAAAGUGUCCAUUAGAUUCUGGUUCAUUUUAGUGGAAUGAAAAUCUACAAUAAUACUCGAAUAUAAUACUUGAAUAUGUAGCUUGAAACUUCACAGCGAGAACAUCAAGUUGCAUUUUAAUUUAAGAGGAUAUUUUUUCAUACCUUAGUCUUUGAAAAAUAAAGAAAAAUCAAAUUUGUCUAAAUUGUUUCUAAACACAAGAGUUUGAGCAAAAGUUUUUUUACAAUGUUAAACUGGACAUGUUUGAUUUUAAAUCAGAAGUCGUCCAAUCACUAAAUUGGAAAACCAGAUAAUGAAAGUCUGUUUAAGUAUUUAAGUUUCAAUACCCAGAAUUUUCAAAUUGAUCUACGAUUAAAACUGCGUUACCAUCAAGUGAGGUCACGAGAAUAUAACAUAAAAACAUGAUUUUCACUGUGAAGUUUCAAGUGUCUGCAAAUUAAUUUUCAUACCACGAAUUUAUGAAGGCAAAAAACCCCACGUGAAAUGUAUUUAUGGAACUGAAGCUUCCAAAAUGUGUUGUUGUUCUUCACGUUUGAUUUGGUACCGUGGUCACGCCGCCUGUGGAUCCGUCCGUGGCAACUGCUGCCUUCAACUAACGGAAUCCCAAAGACGACGUCAAACUCUUUUUUCCCCCAUCUGUGAAAUGGACAAAAAAAAAAAAAGAGGCAGGAUGGAUGGUGGGGAAACUUCACCGACCCAUUUUUUUUUACACCAGCAAGAACUUUUUUUUAUCUGACACACGCACACACACCCUCACUGCAGUGUUUUCCAUAUCCGUCUCCUUCUCUCACAAAGUGAGCGGUUCGUGUCGGUCACGCUGUAGCGACUCUCGUGGUAGAAGCUCCGUCACGUUUCCCUUCUUUUACUCCCGCCCCCCUUCCCUCGUCUGUACCAAUCUACAUCGCAGCAGAUGUGCUUACUGUAAAGUUAUCGUCAAUGAUUCGGGGAAAAAGUUCAAAUAAAAUAACAAAAAACAAAGUGAUGUCAUUACUUGUACAAAUGAAAGCUCAAUAAAUAGAUGACUUGAACAAACAGAAA